GACCGGGGCAGAUCCGAGCCGACCAGUUCCGCGUUCCCUGCUCAGCCGCGGCACACGGAGCAGGCUGAGCCGGCGGAGCAGCGGGGCGGUGUCAUGGUGGACAGCGGCGGCCGGCCGCGGGGCGAACCGGAGGUGACCUCAGUUUGAGUCAGGAGGACGUCACACGGCUUGAGUCACCGUUUCCUGGCAGGACAGUGAAGACAGCAGCAGACCGGGACGAGGCCGCCGGCGUCUCAUGGAGUGAAAAUGGCGCAGCGAGGAAGGGACCCGCCUCCACGUGUGUGUUUGAAACGCCGGGCGCUUCCCCAGCUCGAUGGGACGAGCGUGGACGAGUGAAGACGGAAUACAAUCUGGGCGGGAGAUGUUUCGCGAGAAGGAAUGAUUUUAAAGUUGGAGGCAAACAUGGAGCAGGAUUUCACACAGUAGGAUCUCAUGUUCCGCUCACUGACGUUCACUCACACGCUGCUCUGAUGCUCGCCUGUCAAUAAAAAACUGAAGGAAGGACUCUGACGGGCCUGCAGACUCCGCCGGACUCUUCUGAACCUGGACGAAGACACUUCUCUGGAACAAACAGAGGAAAUCAACCUUCAAAGAUGGCGGCUGCAGGAAGAAAACACCUGGUCAAAGACUUUAACCAUUUCAUCACCUGCUAUCUGUGUCGAGGUUACCUGAUCAAACCCACCACGGUCACUGAGUGCCUGCACACCUUCUGUAAGAGUUGCAUCGUGCAGCAUUUUGAGGAGAGUAACGACUGUCCCAAAUGUGGCAUUCAGGUGCACGAGACCAACCCGCUGGAGAUGCUCAGGCUGGACAACACUCUGGAGGAGAUCAUUUUCAAGCUGGUGCCUGGACUCCGAGAGAAAGAAGAACAGCAAGAACUUGAAUUCUGGAAAAGAAAUCAGCCCAAAGAGAACGGCCAAGCAGAAGCCCUGCGGUGUCCGAGGCUCGGGCCGCCCGACGCCAGAGGCGACGGCGGCGACGGGGCCGGCGACGACGACGGCGGCGGCGAGGACUACCACAGAAAUGACCCUCAGAUCGCCAUCUGUCUGGACUGCCUACGCAACGGCGGGCAGGCGGCGGACGGCAGUGUCACGGUGUGUGACUUGAUGAAGAGGUUCAUCCGCUGCUCCAGUCGAGUCACCGUGGGAACAAUUAAGAAGUUUCUCAGUCUUAAACUAAAGCUGCCGAGCUCGUACGAGCUGGACGUGUUGUGUAACGGCGAAAUCAUGGGCCGAGAUCACACUCUGGAGUUCAUCUACAUGACGAGGUGGAGGCUGCACGGAGAGAACACAUAUCCCAUGGUCCUCGAGUACCGACCACGCAUCGACUUCGGCUGAAGACGACCUCACACACACACACACACACACACACACACACACACACACACACACACACACAGGCCCACAAUGUGCAGAGAAAGAGAAAGAUUUAAAUGUAUUUUUGUACAGCUGAUGAUGAAGUGCAGAUGUUAUGUUUAAAGAGCUUUUAUGCGACAUAGAAUAAUAUAUGCGAUAAUAUAUGAUAUUUUUAAAUGUAUGUCCCUGUGCCUAAACUACCCGUUCGGAUCACACAUGAAGUACGACCGUAUCUCCACUUUGCCUGUUUGACUCUAACUGUAGAUUAAAUGUUGAUUUUUCUACCGUUGAA